CAGGUCCCCAGUUCCAAUGAUGGAAAACGGUGGAUGUGUUAGACAAUAAUAAAGGUUCCUUCUAUCACAGUUAUUCUGUCCGUCGGCAAGAAUCGAAGGGAAGACAGCUUACAGUUAUUAAAGUUUACACUUUGUUUGCCAUGUCCACGAAAGACUCCGAGGUUUCUGAGCGCUUCCAAUAUUUGCAAACACUGGUCACUGAAUUUCAAGAUACUGACAGUGACGAUGCAAAGGAGCAAGUGUUGGCAAAUCUGGCAAAUUUUGCAUUCGACCCAAAGAAUAUGUCGUAUCUGAGGGAUCUGCAAGUGACCGACCUCUUCUUGGACAUGCUCACCGAGGAGAAUGAGAACUUUGUGGAGUUUGGGAUGGGGGGGUUGUGCAACAUUAGUAUGGACAGGGAAUGUCGGGACCUCAUCCUGCACAAUGGUGGGAUCUCCUUGGUCACAGGCUGUCUGUCGAGCCGGAGGGAGGAGACUGUCCUGUCCGCCAUCACUACCCUGAUGAACCUUACAACAGCUUCCUCACGCUCUGAAAUCACUGAUCCAGCCAUAGUCCAGUGCAUGUUCCGCUUCUCUCUAUCAGAAAGCCCUCGCCUGCGUAACCUGGCCACUGUGUUCCUUCAGGACUGCUGCACCGAACAGCAGGUAGCCAGGGCAGAGCAGGAGAUGCAGGGACAACAACAGUCAGUGGUUGGAAUCCCUCUACCUGAGGACUAGGUUGCUUAGAGCCUGGGUACAUAGUAUGAAGUCAUGAACUCUUUCACACUUGGUUCUUGUUAUGGGAUGAUGAGGUUCUCUCUGAGAGUUUAAAAAAUAAUUGUUUAAAAAUCUUUUUUUUUAAUUUUACAAGGAGGAUUUCAACUACAAAACAUAAUCAUGUCUUUGCCAGCCAUAUUUGUCUAACUAACAGAGCUAUUGAUAUUAAAAGUACAUUCCAGCUGAGUGGUUAGUUGUAAAUCAUAUGCAGGUGCUGUUUGGCAAUAGAAGCAACUAUAAAAGAGAGGGUAGAUGUUGCAUGUAGGACUUAAUUCACAGUCUGUCAGAACUGGGGGUGCAACAUACAGUUAUGAUAAGCUGUGAAAGCCAAGUGUGUCUUUUCAGGUCAUUUGUCUCUAAAAUGUGCAUUCCAUUUUGAACAGAUACAAGGCUAAAAUGUUAAAGUAAA